CUGUGGCUAGGCAGCCGUAGGUGCGGGGGCGUCCCUUGCGCUUCCACCUGCGCCACCUCUACCAGCUUUUCUUGGCAACUUUAUCGCCCCCCUUUGCGGACAUCUCGUCUGGUCGGUGGAGUACAGACCUGUCGUUAAGUAGAAAACUAGAGCUGGACGAGGAGGCGGAGGAGGAGGGAGCGCGUCGGAGCCCGGUCCAGGGUGAGAAUCUCAUUGAGGCAGUGGUGGCUUCUUGGACAUUUUUCGUGGCUCUUCUCCACCCAGGUUUCUAUACCUGGAUUGUCAAUGAGGGUGCAUCUUCCCCAAUGGCAGUAAAACUUGUUUUCUGGGGGUCAAGGUCUCAUGGACUAAUUGGCUCUUUUUCAGCAGGCCCCUACCAGAGAAAUCAUCCUGCUAUAUAAUGAAGUUUGGUUUUAAAACUGCCCUGAAAAUGAUUAAAAGCAGUGUCGAAGUGUGACAGAAUCAGGGGGCGACACGCUGCGGAAGAAUUUCCUGUUCAUCCCAUAGCAGCUUGGAGGAAGCCCCUUUCCGUCCAGGAGGACUGCAUGGUGAGAAGCCCCCAGUGACAGUGGAAGAUGAGUGUCCCAUUGGCUCCUAAGAAAUCAUGUUACACUCAGUUGCAGGACAACAGAAAGGGGGCGAAAAAUAAUAAUGAGAGUCUCCUAUCUCUGGGUGAUACAAAUGCUAAUCAAAUCAUGGUGGAAGUCAGUCCAUCUCAUGAUGAGUCUCAGACAUGUGACCUGACAGAUGGGACUGGAAAUGCAAAUUCACGUGCGCCAGAAAAUAGUACCCAUCUCCAUAAAGAAUUUCACCAACUUCAGGGCAUUGGGAAGGUGUUGCAGGCUGGCUCCAGCAGCCUGAAAGAUUUUAAAUUCUCUUCGACUGUUCGUGGGGAAUUAAAUGAAGAGCACACAGUGCAGAGAGGCACAGCUCUCUUGCAGACCUCGUGGAGUAUCCAGGGACCAAGUCUGGCAGGCUGGAGGAAUGCUAUGGGUGAGGCCAGUCCAGAUGUUUUGACUCCAAGGGACACUGAAACUCUCCGGCACACUCCCAAGGAUAAAUUGGCAAAGACCCUUGACAAUGAGGAACUGCGAAGGCAUGCUUUGGAGAGGGCGAGCAGCUCUGCUGUUGCAGUGGACACGAUCACGAAGGAGUGUGCUGGGAGCCUGGCUCCACAGCCUCCACAGACUGCCCCACUGGACUCCCCUGAAGCCCUGGGUCAUGUGCCCAAGGGUGGUGAGGGGCCACAGAAGACAGUGACAGCCCACCUCCCAGAGAGAGCUUUUCCUCCAGUGGACAUCACCUCAGAGGGAAAGAUUGUGUGUCAUCCUAAACCAUCUACCUCAGAAACCAAGGGGACCACCUGCUUAGCGCUGCAGCUGGAAUGGGGAUAUACACCAGGAGUUAGCGAUGAGAACACCCCACGUUCUGCCCAUCCACAGUGUGCUCUGACUUCAACAUGCAAGGAAGUCCCAAGUAAGCCAGGAGCACACUUAGGUCAGGAAAAGCGGGAGCCUCGGCUGGAGCUGGAAUCUAUCCCACCCUGGGCCACACAGGAAUUAACAUCAGCCCGGGCCGAGUGUCUGAGAUGUCCCACAGAAGACGGUGUGUUACUCCAAGAGAUAAAGGAACCAGGUGGGGAAGCACAGCAAGAAGCCACCACCAGGACAGCCAGCGGUCUGCCCCAGAGCGGCGUCCACCCACUCGGUGGGGCAGGAGGCAGGAGUGUGCAGGACACGAGCAUCAUCCACAUGGGUGAGCAGGGUUCUCUUCAGAGCACCCCCAGACCUGGCCCUGCUUCCUUGCGAGCUGCUGCUAAUCAGCCCUCUGGCAGAAUUUCUCCAAGCACAACUAGGAAACUGUGUGAAACUUCACUCAGCAGCAUUUCGCCAGGUGAUGGUCAUGUGGUUUUUAUUCCUAAUGCCCCACCUGACAGCAGGCCCCCAGAUAUUAGUGAGGAGAAAGGGGUACUGAGCAGUGGGAGCAGGGACAGGGCUACAGAUUUUACUUCAGAUCCUUCUGUUAGGAAGAGCAAAACUGGGGUCCCCGAGCCCCUUAACCCUCAAAGCAGCAGCUCAGAAGCAGGGGAAAACAAAGAGGUCACUACAUGUGUUGUUGAAAAUAGGAACCUUCUAGGAAAUUCAGUUAAGACUGAAAGUUCCUCAGCAGGAACAGAUUGUCUUCCCAGUAUCCCAACCCCUGUACAACCAGAGACAACUCUGAAUGUGACCCACCAGCCAGCACUACCCAGUACCAGUUUUCAAGACUUGAGUGUGUUGGGUGCAGAUGUGGGGUCACCUUCAGCUGCCCCACCUCCCACUGACAGCUUGUGGUUGUUGAACACCUCCCUGGAAGUGCCUGAUAAGAACACCUGCCCCAGUGUGAUUCCCAAGUCUGUCUCUACACAUUCUGAGGAUUCACCUUCUGCACAGAAGGGACUGGAGAACCACCAGGUUGAAAAAACAGAAGAAAAGACAGAACCCAAGCCCAUCAUUUUGCCCAAGCCCAAGCAUGUGAGGCCCAAGAUCAUCACCUACAUCAGGAGGAGUCCACAGGCCCUUGGCCAGGUGGACACUUCGCUGGUCCCAGUGGGGCUUCCUUAUGCUCCGCCUACAUGUAACACGCCUCUUCCCAAAGAGGAGAAGGUGGCAGGAGGUGACCUGAAACCAGCUGCCAGCCUCUACGAGAAGUUCAGGCCAGAUUUGCAGAAGCCACGGGUCUUCAGUCCUGGACUGAUGGUAUCUGGGAUCAAACCCCCAGGGCACCACUUCAGUCAAAUCAGUGAAAAGUUUUUGCAGGAGGUCACUGAAUGCCCUGGAAAAGAAGAAUUUUGUCCUCCUCCCUAUGCACAGUACGAUGUUCCUCCCACUUUCUACCGCUCUGCCAUGCUCCUUAAGCCCCAGUUAGGAUUGGGCGCAAUGUCCCGUUUACCAUCUGCAAAGAGCAGGAUCCUGAUCGCAAGUCAGAGGUCUUCAGCAAGUGCCAUCCACACGCCAGGACCCAUAGCAACAGCUGCCAGUCUCUACAAUUCUGAUCCUGCAGAUUUAAAGAAAGCUUCCAGUUCAAAUGCUGCCAAAUCCGGUCUACAGAAAUCUGGACUUCGGCCUCCUGGGUACUCACGUCUUCCCGCAGCCAAACUGGCAGCGUUUGGCUUCAUGCGGAGCUCCAGCGUGUCUUCGGUCUCCAGCACCCAGUCCGUGGACAGUGCACAAUCUGAGCAGAACAGGCUGGCCAACCGUUCAGCCUUUGGGAAUGAAGACCAGCCAGCCCUGAAGACAACUCUGCCUUCCAAAGACGCACCCAAGGGAGCUGGCCGGGUGGCCCCACCGGUGUCCUCCAGUGUGACAACACCCCGCAGGAGUUUGCUCCCAGCACCAAAAUCUGUGUCCACACCCGCUGGAACAAAGAAAGAACUACAAAAAGAUCAAGAUGCUAAUAAGCCUGCUGUUUCAUCCCCGAAGAGAGUGGCAGCUUCAACCACCAAGCUUCACUCACCAGGACACCCCAAGCAGAGGAGCACAGCUCCCCGGAAUGGGUUUUCCCCCAAGCCGGACCUGCAGGCCCGUGAGGCAGAACGGCAGCUGGUUCAGCGGCUCAAGGAGAGGAGUGAGCAGCAGGCCAGGCAGCUGGGCCUCCUGCAGGCGGAGCUGAGACGGGCUGUCCGUGGCUUCCAGGCGCUUGCAGUGUCCACUCAGCACUUCUUUGGGAAGAGUGAAAGUGCCCUUGUGAAAGGAAAGGAGCUGUCAAUCGAACUUGCAAACAUCAGGGAUGAAGUUGCCUUCAACACAGCCAGGUGUGAGAAACUACAGAAGGAGAAGGAGGAUCUGGAGAGGAGGUUUGAAGACGAGGUGAGGAAGUUGGGCUGGCAGCAGCAGGCCGAGCUCCAGGACCUGCAGGGCCGGCUGCAGCUGCAGUUCCAGGUGGAGGUGACUCGGCUUCAGGAGGAGCACAGCACCCAGCUGCUGCGGAUCCAGCGUCAGCAUCAGGAGCAGCAUCUUCUUUUCUAGAAGCCUGUGGAAACCAGAUAUACUUGCCUGCUUGAGGUUGUUUAUACUUAGAGACCAGGAAACAGAUGAAGUUACAGCUAAAGUUACCACUGGUGCUAAUGUCAGAAACUGAACCUGCAGCAUCUUGCCUCCUCAGCUCAAGGAGGAGCAGGAGAACGAACUUUGAGUGAAGGCUCCCAUGCGGGUACCAUGUAUGGAAACCAUGGAGCUGAGGCCACUGCUGGGCAGAGCCUUCCGCCAGUGGGGUGCAGCUGGGACAGGAUGCCCCCUCAGCAUUGUCAGUACAGAAGAAGCACGGCUGGGAGAUGAGCUCUCACCCGCCUUUAGGCUGGGACACAGCAGCACUGAAGGAAAGAAAGCCGUGAUGUUGAGAAUGAGUUACAGAAGCUACUUCUGCAUACUUAAAAAAGGGUUGUGUCUUAUGAGGGUUCUGAGUUCUGUUCUUCUUGGUCCUUUGUAACGUCUAAAGUGAUUCAUCUAUUUAUCCAUUCACCUAUGCCAAGAACAUUUCGGGAAGGUUCACUGUACAGAAGGUACCGUGUCAGGUCCCUGUGAGACGUACCAAGAUUUAUAAACCUUGGGCUUGCUUGGUCCAUGCCUCAGGUGACAGCCAGGGGAGGUUCUGAGAAAGUGCUCAAGAAACUAUGAUACUGGGUGAGAUGCACAGAUACGUGUCUAGGGAUUGAGAGUUUACAUCUAGCUGUGAGAGUAGGGGACACUUUGUGUUAGAAAUAACAUCUGAGUGUUUUGGGUCUGAGUAAACCUUGCUGAUAGAUAGAUACCCACUGGUCUGGUGGGGGGUGAUUUAAGUCUGUGGAUUAUUCAGGCCCCUGAUUUUGCUCCUGCUGCUGAAUAUUGACUGAUGGCUUGAGGCAGAGGGCAUAUGGCGAUGAGGGAGAAAAGGCAGGUAUAGCAGCUGCAGUUUAAUUUCCAGUAGAAUCAGUGCUCAUAUGCUUCGUGCAGGAGGAGGCUCAAGUGCAGGGCUGUGACGGAGACUGGUAAGGCCUGCGGACUCUCCACACUUGAGUUGCCCUAAUAGGGACAAUUGCACAUGGCAAUGCUGACUUUAUGGAUAGUGACAUCUCUGUCAGAAGUUAUGCUCUGUGAGCUUAAAAGUCAACCUAACCAGCUGGCCUAACCAGAAAGCCUCCCCUCACCUCACACCGGCCCCACACUCACCGGCAGUGCAGGCUUUCCUCAGGUUGGAAGCUCCUGCACUGCGGGCGGCCUGACUGUGGUACAGGGUCUCCCACGUGACAAAUCCAGCCAUUUGUUCACCUAGGGGGGCAAAGACUGUCUCCCUCUGCCCACACAUGGAAAUCACUUGGGGAACUUGUGGCAAAACAUCCCUCCUCAUUCUCACCCCACACUGAUUGGAUCGGAAUCGCUAGCAGGGCCAAGCAUGGGGCCUGGAACUGCAGUGUCCCAACUUGCAGAGCCUUGCUCUUCAGUCCUGGGGGAUGAGCAGGAGGCGUGGCCUGGCCCUCUGGCCUUUUUAAGUGCCUUUAAAGAUAGGGUCUGACUUUUAUUUCAAGAGUAUAACUAUAAAAUGUUUAAUCGGAAUCGGCACUCACGCCAUAGCUAACUGCAUUCAUAGAAGCCAAACUGCCAGAGCUUCCCUAUUUCAAGGCACAUGAAACAGAUUCUCACCAGCAACGCACAGGCUUUCCCCUUUUUGCCCAAACACAGUGCCUUCCAGUUCUCCCCUCUGGGCUGCCUUUGGCUGUUCCCCGAAGAUAUUCAGCCACAGAGCCUGACAUUCAGUGAUCAGACUUGUGACCUUAGACACCAUUCCUCCAAGACCCUUUGGCCUUGUCUUCGUAGCCCUGAAGUCACUGUGGACCCGGCUCAGUAAAGUCUGAGCAGAGGUGCCUUCCCCUACAGGGGCAGCACUGCUUCUCCUUGGGCACUUGCAUUUGCUUUGUCUCAUAUUCAGAGCAUCUUUCUCCCCUUCCUGAAGGAAAUCACCCUUUCAGACUAAGAGGCAGGCUCCGCAUCCCCCCCUUCAUCAGAAAGUACAGAGGUCACUGUUCAUCACCUCACAUUACAGCUCCUCAGUCCUCGUGCGCGACUGGCAUGCAGCCACUGCUACAGAAAUUACACUCUCUAAUCAAACAGAACAAGUCCUGGGCACCCUCAGUCUCCCAGCACUGGAGCCCCACCCAGCACAGCCCACAGUCUCAUUGCCCCGGGAGGAGGCACUGUGGGAAGGUGGGGGCCCAGGUGAACACCUGCCCGCUCUGUGUGGCAGGCUGUGGAGGGGGCAGAAGGUACAGACUGGAAAGUGACGGAGUGGGGUUGAGUACUCUGGGACACCUGGCUGCCCACUCUGGGCACACAGAUACCCCAGCCAUUCGUUGUGAGCAAGCAUGGAGGGGAGGGAAAGGGCAGUCAGUGAGAGAGCCCUGCAGAGAGUAAACACGGGCAGCUCCAUCUAUCCCACCAGACAGGAUAUGUGUCUGGGAGGGGGGUAAGUGGGCAUUUAAGCUGCUUUGGGUUGAAUGAGUAAAGCUGAGAGGAUAUAAAGCACAUGCAUCUUCAUUCUAAAUGUAAGUCAUCUCUCAGUGAAUUGGCAAAGCCUCAGAUAAUUGCAUUUUGCAGAUGGCCAAGUGAAGGAAACCCACAGCUGUAUCUGACCCAUCUGAGAGGGUGGCUUUCCGACCUUUUGCUCUGCUGUUGCUGAGGCCAACUGAACCAAAAGGCCCUGUGGGAAUGGAGCCUGCUGCGAGAACAGCUGCUUCUCCUCAGAUGGGGGCUGUUGGGCUCCUCCAUGGCAUGGCCCACACCUCUGUCUUCCUGAGGGAGGAGGAGGGAGGCUGGUCCAGAGUGGUGGAAAGGGCCCCAAGAGAAGGAUGCUUCACCCAGCCUAAGUUUGCCCUGGCCUGACAAUGAAUCAAAUGAUCUGGUUGGUGUUUCCCUUCAGUCAGCUUGUUUGAAUCCCCUCAGAUGCCUGCAGAAGUUCAGGGUCUUCUGGGGCUGAGAGUGCUCCCUGGCUGCUUCAGAGUGUGAGGCUGUGCUCUGGAAAGGAGCCAAGGGAGGGGUAGUCCUGGAGAUCGAUACUAUGUGUGACAAGAACGAGGAUGGCCAAUAGUAGACAGCCACUUUCCAAUAGCAGGAACAGUCUUUAAAAACCACAAAGCUGUAUGGAAACUCUACUAACUGAAGAGUAAGGAUUCUUGGACCCAAAUCAUGGCUCUUCGGCUGACAUUGGUUUCCUCUUAUUGCAUAUGGCCUUUCAGAGUUAGGUGAUCAGUGUGUCACUCAUAAGAGCACCUCUGAGGGGCUGUCACAGAUAAUAAUAUCCUUCCAUCAUGCUUAAUACAUUGGGCAUGAUAUUGUGUCACCACUAAAUCAAAGACCUGCCUCCCGACAAACCAGAAAGCUGCAUGUUCAAGCUUCAGACGUGAUGUAGUGCUGCCAGCCAGGGCGUCUUCACCACCAGAGACACGUGAGACUCUCCUGGAACAUGGCAAUUUGUGUGAGAGCCUAAUACAUGAGAAUCGCACCAAGGAUCGAUCAAAGACUUUUCUUUAGACGGGACUGGGUAACCAGCAUCCACGUACCAUGUGGACACCCGCAUCUACCACUGACAUCAGUAAUGAAGCAGAAAGAAAACACGGUUUCAUUUUUUUAAAACCAGUGAUUUAUUUUUUAAGAGGCUGAAAUGCUUCAGACAAAGAUUCUACAAAAACCUCAUAUAAACAGGAAUUGGACAGUUACAUACUGUGGUAAUCACCCUUCUGCUGAAUGGAGGCACAGUUCGGAGCCUUAAGUAAAACAUUGUGUAAUCCAGAAUGGCCAGUAAAUAAAAGUGAAUCACUGCAUUUUAAAUUUGUGAUGCCGCUUUCCUAACAC